AUGCAAAUCUUUGUCAAGACUUUAACUGGUAAGACCAUCACAUUGGAAGUAGAGUCUUCUGAUACCAUCGAUAACGUCAAAUCCAAGAUCCAAGAUAAAGAAGGUAUUCCACCAGACCAACAGAGAUUGAUCUUUGCCGGUAAGCAAUUGGAAGACGGUAGAACGCUUUCCGAUUACAACAUCCAAAAGGAAUCUACUUUGCACUUGGUGCUACGUUUGAGAGGUGGUAUGCAGAUUUUUGUUAAAACUUUGACUGGUAAGACCAUCACAUUGGAAGUAGAGUCUUCUGAUACCAUCGAUAACGUCAAAUCCAAGAUUCAGGAUAAAGAAGGUAUUCCACCAGACCAACAGAGAUUGAUCUUUGCUGGUAAGCAAUUGGAAGACGGUAGAACGCUUUCCGAUUACAACAUCCAAAAGGAAUCUACUUUGCACUUGGUGCUACGUUUGAGAGGUGGUAUGCAGAUUUUUGUUAAAACUUUGACUGGUAAGACCAUCACAUUGGAAGUAGAGUCUUCUGAUACCAUCGAUAACGUCAAAUCCAAGAUCCAAGAUAAAGAAGGUAUUCCACCAGACCAACAGAGAUUGAUCUUUGCCGGUAAGCAAUUGGAAGACGGUAGAACGCUUUCCGAUUACAACAUCCAAAAGGAAUCUACUUUGCACUUGGUACUACGUUUGAGAGGUGGUAUGUAA